AUGAGAACCUCUACAUUCACUGCCCUCCUCGGCCUCGGCCUCCUGCCCCUCGGAUUGGCCCAGAGCAGCAGCAGCGUGAACCCUGGCCCCUCUCCCACCAACUCUGUCGGUUGUGAACCCCAUGGCGAUCACUGGCACUGCGAGGGCCCUGCUACUCAGACUGGUGCCGUCACCUCUGCUACCGGCUCUGCUUCCGUCACUGCCAGCCACAACCACGACCACGACGAUGACCACUCAUCUGGCACUGCCAGCUUGAAGCCUAGCCCAACCAACUCUGUGGGCUGCGAGCCCCAUGGUGACCACUGGCACUGCACUGGCCCUGCCACCGGCGCUGCUUCAGUCACCACCCCGUCUACCGCCCACACCGAUGCUGCUGGCACCGGCAGCCUCAAGCCCAGCCCUACCGAGUCCGUAGGCUGUGAGCCUCACGGAGACCACUGGCACUGCGACGGCCCCGCCACCACUGCCGCCGUCUCUGGCUCUGGCACCUCUACCGGUGCUGCUAGCUCCUCCACCCAGGGCGGUAUGGCUGCUGCUGAGUUUGUUCCUCUCGCUGGAGCCUUCGCCGCUGUUGCAUUUGCUCUGUAA